CGAGCCGGGGCCUUGGGUGGGGGCUAUGAGCCCGUGAGGACUGUCCGAGGAGAGCGCAGAGCGGGGAGCUAUGUCCCAGCCGCCUCCACCUCCACCUCCUCCUCCUCCUCCUCCUCCUCCUCCUCCUCCUCCUCCUCCGUCGUCCUCGUCGGGGGCAUCGCAGAGGCCGCCGCCCGCCGCGGCCUCGCCUCCGCCCGCCGGGGCCCCCGCGAAGCGGCGGGACCGGCGCAUCCUGUCCGGGACCUGCCCGGACCCCCAGUGCCAGGCGCGCCUGUUCUUCCCGGCGUCGGGCUCGGCCAGCAUCGAGUGCACCGAGUGCGGCCAGCGGCACGAGCAGCGGCAGCUGAUGGGGGUGGAGGAGGUGACCGACCCGGACGUGGUCCUCCACAACCUGCUGCGGAACGCGCUGCUCGGCGUGACGGGCGCCCCCAAGAAGAGCACGGAGCUGGUGAAGGUGCUGGGCCUGUCCAACUACCACUGCAAGCUGCUGUCGCCCAUCCUGGCCCGCUACGGCAUGGACAAGGCCACGGGCCGGGCCAAGCUGCUCCGGGACAUGAACCAGGGCGAGCUGUUCGACUGCUCGCUGCUGGGCGACCGGGCCUUCCUCAUCGAGCCCGAGCACGUCGACACGGUGGGCUACGGCAAGGACCGCUCCGGCAGCCUCCUCUACCUCCACGACACGCUGGAGGACAUCAAGCGGGCCAACCGGAGCCAGGAGUGCCUCAUCCCCGUGCACGUGGACGGAGACGGCCACUGCCUGGUGCACGCCGUGUCCCGGGCCCUGGUGGGCCGGGAGCUCUUCUGGCACGCCCUGCGGGAGAACCUCAAGCGCCACUUCCAGCAGCACCUGGCCCGCUACCAGGCCCUCUUCCACGACUUCAUCGACGCCGCCGAGUGGGAGGACAUCAUCAACGAGUGCGACCCCCUCUUCGUGCCCCCCGAGGGCGUGCCGCUGGGCCUGAGGAACAUCCACAUCUUCGGCCUGGCCAACGUCCUCCACCGCCCCAUCAUCUUGCUGGACUCCCUCAGCGGCAUGAGGAGCUCCGGCGACUACUCGGCCACCUUCCUGCCGGGCCUCGUCCCCGCCGAGAAGUGCACCGGCCGAGACGGCCACCUGAACAAGCCCAUCUGCAUCGCCUGGAGCAGCUCCGGCCGCAACCACUACAUUCCCCUGGUGGGCAUCAGGGGGGCCGCCCUGCCCAAGCUGCCCUUGAAGCUGCUGCCCAAGGCGUGGGGGGUGCCCCAGGACCUCAUCAGAAAGUACAUCAAGCUGGAGGAGGACGGCGGCUGCGUGAUCGGAGGCGACCGGAGCCUGCAGGACAAGUACCUGCUGAGGCUCGUGGCCGCGAUGGAGGAAGUCUUCAUGGACAAGCACGGCAUCCACCCCAGCCUGGUGGCCGACGUCCACCAGUAUUUCUACCGGCGGACGGGGGUGAUCGGGAUCCAACCGGAAGAAGUCACCGCCGCUGCCAAGAAGGCCGUGAUGGAGAACCGCCUCCACAAGUGCUUGAUCUGCGGGGCCCUCUCGGAGCUGCACGUGCCCCCCGAGUGGUUGAUCCCGGGGGGGAAGUUGUACAACCUGGCAAAGGGCACCCACGGCCAGCUGAGGCCUGACAAGAACUACAGCUUCCCCUUGAACAGUCUGGUGUGCUCCUACGACCCCGGGAAGGACGCCCUGGUGCCGGACUACGGCCUCAGCAACCUCACGGCCUGUAACUGGUGCCACGGCACGUCCGUGCGCAGGGUCAGGGGCGACGGCUCCGUGGUCUACCUGGACGGGGACCGGACCAACAGCAGGUCCACCGGUGGCAAAUGUGGUUGUGGCUUCAAACACUACUGGGAAGGGAAAGAGUACGACAACCUGCCGGAAGCCUUUCCCAUCACCCUGGAGUGGAACGGGAGAGUGGUGAGAGAAACCGUGUACUGGUUCCAGUACGAAAGCGAGGCAUCCCUGAACAGCAACGUUUACGACGUGGCCAUGAGGCUGGUGACCAAGCAUUUCCCCGGCGAAUUCGGGAGCGAGAUCCUCGUCCAGAAAGUCGUACAUACGAUACUGCACCAGACCGCCAAAAAGAAUCCCGACGACUACACGCCCGUAAACAUCGACGGCGCUCACGCCCACAGAGCCGACGAUGUCCCCGGGCAAGACCCGGAGUCGCAGCUGCCCACCAAGAUCAUUCUCACCGGCCAGAAGACAAAGACGCUGCACAAGGAGGAGUUGAACAUGAGCAGAACCGAAAGAAUCAUUCAGCAGAACAUUACAGAACAGGCUUCUCUGGUGCAGAAGCGCAAGACGGAGAAGGUGAGACAAGAGCAGAGAGGGCAGGCCGGGACCGUUUCCCCCAGCAUCCUUCGUGAAGGGCCGUCUUCCGCCCCCGCCACGCCCACAAAGGCCCCGUAUUCGCCGACUUCCGUUAAGGAGAAGAAGAUCCGGAUAACGACGGACGACGGGCGGCAGUCGAUGCUCACCCUCAAGUCUUCGACCACCUACUUUGAACUUCAGGAAAGUAUAGCCAGGGAAUUUAAUAUUCCUCCCUAUUUGCAAUGCAUCCGCCAUGGCUUUCCUCCGAAAGAACUAAUGCCCCCCAAAGGAGGAAUGGAGAACGAACCUGUGCCCUUGCAGCACGGUGACAAAAUAACCAUCGAGAUCCUCAAAGGUAAAGAAGAAGGGAGUCAGCCGGCCACGGCGCACUCGGCCCACGCGGGGAAACAUGAAGAUGUGGCUGUAACCAGUAAAAUCUCUUCCAAGGAACUCCAAGAACAAACUGACAAAGAAAUGUACUCUCUGUGUCUUCUAGCAACAUUAAUGGGAGAAGAUGUGUGGUCUUAUGCAAAGGGACUUCCUCACUUGUUCCAACAGGGUGGGGUGUUCUACAAUAUAAUGAAGAAAACCAUGGGUAUGACUGAUGGCAAGCAUUGUACUUUUCCACAUCUGCCGGGUAAAACCUUUGUCUACAAUGCCACAGAAGACAGACUGGAAUUGUGUGUGGAUACCGCAGGGCACUUCCCCAUCGGUCCUGAUGUUGAAGAUUUAGUUAAAGAGGCCUUAAGUCAGGUUCGAGCAGAGGCUACUUCAAGAAGUAGGGAAGCAAGUCCUUCACAUGGUCUCUUGAAAUUAGGUAGUGGUGGAGUAGUAAAAAAGAAAUCUGAACAAUUGCAUAACAUAACUGCAUUUCAAGGGAAAGGGCAUUCUCUAGGAACUGCAUCUAGUAGCCCCCAUCUUGAUCAGAGAGUAAGAGAAACUCCAGUUGCAAGAAAACAUAGCACAGGGACAGACUUUGGUACAAGUUCCAUAAAAACCGAGCCUUCUGUAUUCACGGAUGCUCCUGGUAACAGUGAGCUUAUCCGAAUAGCUCCUGGAGUAGUAACGAUGAGAGACAGCAGGCAGCUUGACCCUAACUUGAUAGAGGCUCAGAGAAAAAAAUUGCAGGAAAUGGUUUCUUCUAUUCAGGCUUCAAUGGAUAGGCACUUGCGGGAUCAGAACACAGAGCAGCCGGCAUUAACUGACUUUUCUCAAAGGAAGGUUGAAGUGAGUUCUUCUGCAAAACCUGGGAGCCUUCUGUCCGGCUUGACCGAAUCCUUUUCCGUAACCGACGGCACUGAACAUCCGAAUCCUGAAGCGACUGGUGGUAAUGUGGCAGGUGUGAUGGGAACAGCAUUUCCCAUUCGGCCUAAAUCACAAAGGGAAAAUUCUGUGGAGGAGCCUGAAGAGAUGGAUAGUCAAGAUGCUGAGAUGACUACUACAACUGAGCCAAUGGAUCACUCUUGAUUUGGUUGAAAAUCAUUAAGAGCAGAAAAACUUAAUUGUGAAUAUGUAACGUUUGUUGGCUGGGCCACCUACACGAUUAGUCACUUAAGAGCAUCUUGUACGUAAUGUUUCAAAGAUUUAUCUUAUUCAGUGCAUGAUAGCAAGUGUGUGAUUGGCAAUAGCUUUUAUUAUACUGCUGCCCAGGCUGGCUCUGAAUUACAUGGAAAUUAGUUGUUAGGUGCACUGAGAAAUGAACAUCUGCUGUAGAUAUGGAUGACUGAAGGUUUUUUGGGUUUUUGUUUUUGUAAUUUUCAUUCCAUGAAAGUCUUAAUGCUUCAAAGACAUGCUUAAGAUUACUGAAAAGGCUAAACUGGGCAAAAAUCUACAUUUAACAAAGUUAACAUGGCCUCAGACAUAAGCUUUGUUCACACAAAUUUCAUAUAGUGUACAAAAAUCUUUACAAUGAGAACAAAUGAGGACCGAGGGUGCUAAAAUUCAUACUACAGUAUAGUCAACACUUUCUACAGUGUUGACAUUCCCUUAGAAUUGAAUACAUUCAAAGAGCUACAUUUGCUUCAUGGAGAAAAUGGAAAGAGGGAGUAGAUAUAGCAACCUCUUCUAUUUUGUCAGUUUGUGCAAGGUUAGAGAAAAGACUACUUUGGAACGAUAAAAUGGGUGGGAUGCAGUUGUAUUGCUGUCUAAGCCAAAACAUCCAUUUAUGUACUACAUUCAUGUUAGCAUGUUACUACUGUCUCCUGAAUCUCGAGCUGGUCAGGUGCCAUAUUUUUUUUUUAAUCUCACAGAAAGCCUGGUGAAUGUCAUGAUAGAAGUACAAGGGAUAAUGGUAGCUAAAGUUAUGUGAGGUCCAGUUUUUAGAAAUGUUGACUCUGAGGACCUGAGAGAAUUUAUCUUUACAAAUUAGUUGCAUUGUUCAAAAAAUCUUCAUCGGUGAUAUUUCAGCUUGUAUAGUAUAAGUGUCUUUGAGACCCCUUUGGAAACUCCAAGUGGUUCCUAACUUUUAUUGCCCAGAGGAUUGUUAUAUGUUGACUUUACUUGAAUUUGUGAUGCAAAUUUGACUGCAUCAUUCCCUGUCUUGGCAUUCACUUAGUGUACUCAUUAGCUAUUUAAGUACCAGCUUCCCUGAGAAACAGCUGUCAUGCUUAUUCCACAAAGAAUGUUAUCUUGAUGUUUGUAUUGCACUACUUUCCCUCUCACUUUGCAGCUUGUACAUCACAAGGUGCAUUUUAGUCUACUUUUUUCCUCUGCUCAUUGAAGUAAAGCUGAAUUGGAAUGUAUUUUAAUAGUCUUGAAUUUAGAGCACUUAGAGCUUGGCUGAGUUCUGUGUUCCCAUAGCAAAAGUCCACAACAUUUUCAUUCUGAAACAUGUACAUUUGGAAAAUAUCAAACAUUCAAAAAUCUCUAUCUGCUAUGUCACAAUAAUUUUGGAUACUACUUUGAACCUGAUUUCCCAAUGAGGGAGGUUUUCUUUAUGUGGAAAUAAAUUCAACUGAAGCCACUUAGCUGCUGCUGCAUUUUGGUUGAGAAGACUAAGGAAUCUAGACAUUUUCAAAACUAAAAUUGGGUAAGAUUUUGUUGGAUUAAUUUUAUGACUUGAAAAACUUGACUGUGUCACUUACUUUUGACUUCUACGUUUUACUUUUUUUUUUCUCUAGGUCAAAGUUCUUUUGGGAAGUUUAUUUACUUGAAUGUGUCAGUUUUACAUUAGGAGAGGGAAAUAAAUACAAGUAACAUUUUGUAUUUAGUUAAUAAGUUACAGGUGGUGUGGUGGUAAAUACAACUUAAAACCUAGUAAAGUAUCUGAACUCCAGGAAAUUGUUUAAUAAGCUAGUGCACUGAUUUCAGGUAAAUCAUAGAAUCACCUUUAACAUGUAAAAAUUCUCUAAUUUGUCUUAUGAUCGAUAGAUGACUUGCGAGUCUUAUUUGGUUUAAAGAAAACAGGGCAGAGACAAAACCAAUCUUAUUUUAUUAACUAUAUCUAAUCUUUUAGCAUGCAACAGGAUGCACAUUUAGUCUGCAGUAAUUUUCAGAAACACAUUUCCAAUCCUUUUUGCUACAGAAUUGCUACUCAGAAGCCAGAUUCGAAAGUCAAGUGGAAAUAUGAGUUCUCUUAUUUGAAAGAAAAUACGUAUGCUUAGAGAAGACUUGAUUUAGAAAAGUGACCGACCACAUUGCUAGAGAUUAUUUUAAAUGGGGUCAAGAAUGUGGAGGGGAGAGGCAGAUUUGGUGAGGGAUGAACCCUAUCACGUAUUUUCAAGAAAGCUCAGAGCAGUUUCUGUAGACUUUAUUUAUCUUACAGUUUUGAUGAAUGACUGUCCUUCCUCUUCUAAAUGUACCAGGCUGCUGUAGAGUUGAAUGUCGUUUAAGGCCAGCCAUUAGUCAUACUGUGGGAAUCACUGUAAAUCUUCCCUCACUGGACAUUUUGCUAGUUACCUAGGGGAAAAAACAAAGGAAACAAUAUUUGAAUUUAAACUCUCUAAGUUCAGAAUUAUAAUUUCACUUUUCAAUUAAGCUCUAUUAGCAGUCCCCAGUCGCAUUAAAAAUUUGAAGGAAACCCCAGAAUUCUUUUUCAGUAAUCUUCCUUGUGGAUAAACUCAUCGUGUGUUAAGUUAGAUCCAGAUCAAGGUAUUUUGUGAGGCUAUAUGUAACUAGAUGGAGUCUCUUGUCAGCAACGACAGGCAGGCUUCAGACCUGAGACUUCAACAGUAGAAUAACAAACAGUAUCGCAAUACUAGCUACAAUUAAACACACGCAAACAAUGCAGAGUAGUAUGGUCAUAUUUCAUUUGAACCAUGAUGGGAAGUAGCAUAAUCAAAAAUAAACUUGGCUGGGUUUUUUUUGACAUUCCUUGGGAAAGUGCUACAGAUACAGUGGAAACAAUUUUACCAACUGCUCUUCUUAGGCAUGAAAAUAACUUGCUUUAUGUUUUUUUAAAAUAAUUUUCUUUGACUAUGUCAACUGUUUGCUGUUGAGUUGUGAAUCUGAAAUGUGGCUAGGGUUCCCAGCUUUUCUGGGCAACUGUACGGUCUUAUCUGAAGAUCUCUGUAGUACCAGCCAGUGCUACCUGGGAGUUAGUAGGAGCUGAGCUCAAUUUAUAAUUUUAAAAUAUCCUCAACUGUACAUUGGCAGUAGUUCUGUACUGUGACCUAGAGCUCAGGGAAUUCCUUAAUUCAAGUCUCAUGUGCCAGUAUUGAUAUAUUUUCCACAACUUAAAAAUCACUGACACCAUACUUUGCAAACUACUCAAUUCAAGGUUUUUAACAGUAUUAUUUUACAUGGUUUGCUUCUAGUACCAGCUGCUAAUUUCAGUUGAUUUGGAAAUAACUCCACACCUAUAACCUGAAUUCUGAAAUUGAGAAAAACUGAACUUGUAUAAGACAACCUCUCUGAAAAAAGCAAGUUUUACACUUGAAUUUGACAGUGAGGUGACGGAAAUGAUUUUUUAAGCAAUCACAAGAUGUGUGCUAAAAUACUCAGUUUUCUUUUCAAAGUCACUUAAGAAUAUGAAAUGUGACUCCCCCUCCCCCCAUUCGAUACCAUUGAACAGAACUAUAACCGAUUUUGAACAUUUCAGGAGUAAUGUUUACUUGAGUUCACUUUUCAUUGAACACUUUUACCAUGGGUUAAUUUCUAUCCCUCAAACACAUGGAUUUUAAAUGGGCUUGUCUGUUCAUAAUAGAUACAUUAAGAAUGAAACAAGGUUGAUAGAUAUACCUGGCUUGAAGGGGAUGAUUAUAUCAGUUUUGCAAAAUUAUACCACUCUAAAGCCGGUCACUUCCAAUACCAUUCAGAAGUUAUUUUGAGGACCAAAGCUGAGUGUAAUUUGAAAACAAAUCACAUUAUUCAAAUGUAUGCUUAGCAAAGAAAUAAGAGUAGCUACGUCAGCCAUGUAAAAUUUGCAGGGUAUCCAGUCAGUUCUGUUAUUCUUGACAAUACUCUGACAUGCUAAGUGUUUCAUAUUUUAAGAUAUUCGAAUCGUGGGAAUUUAAGCUUUGUUCUACAACAGCAGGAAUUGUACAAAAUGUGAAUGACUGACUAAAAAAUGCCAUUAUUUGUAUAGUUGACAUUAUACUUUUUAAAAAUUAUGGACUCCACAUGAUUUUGUAAAAUAAUAUACCAUGAUGAUUUGCCUCCUGUAAAAGAAACAGAAAACUGAGUUGUUUUUGCUUGUGAAUAUCAAUUACUUAGGUUUUUAAAUUUUAAGAUAUUGCCUACAAUCUUUAGAAUGCAGAAUUCCCUCUCUGAGCCUUUAUGCCUGAGGUAGAGCAAUAAAAGAUUUAAAAAGUUAUUAGUACUUCAGAUUUAUUUGACUUUCUAAUGAGGAUUAUUGCCAAGAAUUGAAGAGUGCACUUUUUGGAGGGAAAUGCUAUUUAAAAUGUGUAUAAAUAAGCAGUACUAGUGUAUAUAUUUAGAAAGCAAAACUUUUUAAACAGCAAGUGCUUUAAAUGUUAGGUAAAAAUCAAUUAGCAUAGAAGUUAUACCAUCGCUACAGGACUGGUUGUUAUCCAGAACAUUUUGAUUUGUUUUAUUUGUGAUUGCUGUAUUAAUUACAUUUGGGUUUUUUUAAUCUGUAAUGUAACAAUAGUGUAUUAUAAACAGUAUAUAGUGUACUAUAUUACACUUCAAUGUACAGUAUUUGAAGUUUUUUGAUUGCUCUAUUAAAAUUAUAAGUUAAAUAUG